UAUUUACUGAGAAUAAUGUUAAUUUUUGUAAUUCUCUAACCUAGAAGCCUGUGAAAGCUCAGUGGUUAAAUAUAUUCAAGACUAAUGUAAAUGGAAUAGGUAGAUAGAAGCAAGAAGAUCAAGCAAGGGCUGUGGGAAUUGGAAGGAACAUGCACUUGCAGUCUGGAACAAUCAUAGUAUAUUUUGUGUGUUUCUUAUGAUUUACUUGAUAAAUGCAAUGAGCAUUAUUAUUUUCGCUCAGAUGGAUUUUUAAAGAUGUCAUAGUAAUGAGCUUUGAGGGUGAGCGACGUGGAGCCCUUUCCCGGUAAUCUGGCCAUCAUUUCUCCUUAGACUAAGAGCGAAAUGAAACAAUUAGGCCAUUAUCUCAUUUAUAUUUGUUGCACCUUAUAUAUGAAUUAGUGGUGCAACGAUAUUGGUCACUACCUUCAAUUGUUUGCAAAGUUAUUUGGGACGUCCUAACGUCGCAAAAACGUCCUCUACGUUAUUGUUUUAACAGUUGUGUGAGGGGAACGCCCUUCACGAGUUACAUUGCUGCCGGUCCCCAGCAGAGGGAGUGAAGAAAUAGGAAAUCUAUCGUAAACAGGAAACUAAAAAUAUGAUUGUAAUAAAGUUUAGUUCUUUGUAGAGAAAAAAUGAAUUCUGAUCAAUCAUUUUGUGUGGGUUACAUGUUGAAGUGUUCUUUACUUGGUACUAGAGUAUGACACUCUUGGAUGUUGUUGGUUGAUUGGGUAACGUGUAUUUUUAGCUCAUGUUAAAGGUUCCGCUUCUGUUUUAUAUGUAAUCAUUUCGAAGCUACUCCCCGCGAAGUGGGAAGUGCCAUUGAUUCUCACCAUUAGACUGAGGUCAGAGCGGAAUCUACAAAGAGCGUAUCAGCUCUGCCGAGUCUCAUCGGGUCUGGAAUCGCAGGUGCAUUUAUUGCCUGCGUUCUAGGUGUGAUAAAGAAAAUGGCAGUCAAAUGUUCAUCACGACACCCAGCUGAAUCGGAUAUCAGGAACCAGCAAGAACUCCCGAUUAGUCAAAUGGAGAGCAAAUGGUUUACGAUCAGUGAAAAUAAACGCAGUAUGAAGAUGUCUCUCCCAGCAAAAGUUCUAACUGAGGGAACAGCCAAACAGGAAAUGGAUAACAAUGGGCGUAAAUUUUCUUACAUUGCUCAGGCAACUGGUAUAGGAAACCAGAAGCUCAUACCCAGUUGUGAGAAGCCACAAUUCAUUGCCACACCUAACAGUUACAGUAAUCGUACAGAACGACUGAACUUGGAAAAUGUUCCAAACAAUGUGGCAAAAGUGGCUGAAGGGAAGCUUCCCCAGCCCCAACAAAGCCCAGAGCUCAACAAAUAUCCCAGGAAAAAACGUAGGAGGAGAAAAUCCAAACACAAGGUCAAAAUUUCUCAAAAGCAAUCAAAGACCCCCGAGCAAGAAAGCUGUCCUCCAAUACCAGUUCAAGAAAAUGAUGCUGAAAACAGCACCUCUGAUUUUUGCAGCAGUACCUCGAGCAGCAGCAGCGGUUGUUGUGAGCAUGAACAGAUUCAUAUUAGAGAUUCUCAUGGAUUGUGUGGACUGCGUCUGCAAAACCGAAUGCGGGAUGUCGAAAAAAUUGAAAAUAUGUACUUGGAUAUCGAGCACCUCAGUAACAGAGUUAAGAAGUCUAACGUUCGACCCAUUCCCUCCUCAAUCAUGAAAAAUGGCAGUGUCUCGCAUAACAUGACACAGAAUUUUGAGCGGAAAUUACAUAUGGACAUUACGCGGAUGCCUAAAUUGAACCACGUUGACGUGGAUGGGGGACAGGAAAAGCAAGAACGUUCCUUCAAUAAUAAUGCAGCCAUGCUCUAUAUCAAUGAUGUGGGAGGAGACACUGGAAUACGUAUUCCAGAUUCAAUAAGUGCAGAAGAGACCUCUCCACCACAGUUUUCUGUCUUCCAGUGCAGUGCAAGCAAGGGGUGUGUCAUCUCUGAUAACUUGAGGUGCUUGACAAUGCCAGCACUACAAUGGGAAAAAUACGCACAAGGGUGGCAACAAAGUGAAAAGCCUCCAGAAACCAAUGAAGGCGUUCUUCAACAUGAGAAACUGAAACCUGUAGAUAAUCAUUAUCAAGAAAACUUGCAGUGGUCAAUCUGCUCCAAACCGUUGGGAGUUGGAACCUUUGGAGAGGUGUAUGUGGCAAAAGAUCAUUCCACUGAUUUCACCUGUGCUGCUAAAAGGAUUCAUGUGAGCAAUUUCCAGCCACAGGAGUUGUUGAAUUGGAGCAAGUUGAACUCCCCACGAGUUGUUCCAUUAUAUGGUGGAGUGCGGGAGGGGGAAAUGAUCACUCUGUUUAUGCAACUGAUUCAAGGUGGAUCAGUGGCACAGCUAAUUGGAAAUAAAGGACCUCUUCCUGAAGGUGUGGCUCUUUAUUACACAGGCUAUGUGCUUGAAGCCCUGGAACAUCUACACUCCCUUGGAAUUGUACAUGGAGAUGUUAAAGCUGAAAAUGUAUUAAUAUCACACAGCGGUCGAGAGGCCUACCUCUGUGACUUUGGACAUUCAACACAAUUAACACCAAAGGAAAAGAACACAUCAAAUGCAGGCAGUCAAUGCUUGGGUACAGUGACGCAUAUGGCACCAGAAGUGGUUGAAGGCAAUGGCUUUGGUGUCAAGGUGGAUAGCUGGAGUGUUGCUUGUAUGAUGCUGCACAUGUUAAACGGCCAUCACCCCAGGAGGAAUCUAUCAACACAACUGCUACUUCAGAUUGUGAAACUGGAUCCUCCAGUGAAUGAAAUACCACCCACAUGCAGCCCCCUCACAGCUAAUGUGAUCAGGGCUGGUUUAGUGAAAGACCCAAGGAAAAGAGCUACAGCAUCUGAAUUGCGUGAAGCAGUGAACAGAGCUUUGACAUCAUUAAGACAACGAAAUAGGGCAACUCCUCAGAGUAAUCAUGUUCAGAAAGUGAGUUGUGCUGCCAAGUCGGAGGAUGGCCACAAUAAGAGUGUAGUGACCCCAGUCCAGGUACAUCACAAUGCUGUAUCGGACACCAAGAAAGGCUGGCCACCUCUUCGAUCAGAAACUGUGUCAACGGCUGUGGACUCGAACAUGCACCAACCUUGCCUCCCGAAGAGAGAGCCACUCAAUGUGAACACGGUCAGACCUCUAACUGAAAAAAAAUCACCACAAACCUACCGAAGAAAACCAAAAAAUGGCAUCAAAUUGGCCUGUAACUUUGACCAGUUGCAUUUGCAAGAUGAUGAUAUUCAUUUCCCAGAAGCGACAAAACCUUUCAGUGAUGAGAAGGUUUUAUCUAUUCCUUCACCACUGAUGUCGCUGUCUUGUUUUCAGAACAAUGAAACGGAGAAGAAACUUGUAGAGGAAUAUGGGAAGCUGCAAAAAGAUUUUUUACUUUAUAACCUAUCGCAAGUAUUCCCUGAACAGUUGGAGGAUCAUAUGCUGGAUGUAUUAAGCAGCGAUGCAUAUAGCAUAAUGGAUGACUACGACAAGGAUUCCCAAAAGGGGAUGCCCAGUCUAAGUGGCAACUACAGUUCUGGAAUUCACUCAAUGUCAUGGAACAGUCAAACAGAUGGACUUAGCACCAGCUUUAGCCUCAGUCAACGACUAGAUCACCAGCAAGAUAUGCCAAGCCUCUUUAAUGGAGUUGAGGCCAGAAUACACACAUUCAGUGGCGAGUGUCUGAUUGUCCAUGAUGUGCGUAGAGCUACAGUUGGCCAGGUGGCCACAGGAAUCAGUAAUCUGAUCCAGGUCGCAAGUUACUCUCUGGUGAAGCAAAAUGGAUAUCCUAUUUCUCCUGACUUUGAAAUCCCAGAUUCUGGAAUUGAUCUAAAAUGCGCUCCUGCUUCCAAUUCUAGCAGCUCCUGGACAUGGAGAAUUAAGGAUGGAAACCUUAAUUUCAAAUCUUGAAGCUUAUUAUUUAAAUCUUCAGGAUCCUGGGAUUAUAGAUUAUUUUUCUCAUUUCAAUUACUUAAAGCUCGGCUCACUUCAACUAGAUCAGGCACCAAAAUUAAGUCAAAGUCAAAGGUAUUUUAUUAGUCACAUUCACAUACACCGAGGUGUAGUGAAGUGAAAUGCUUUUUGCCAUUUUGCAGUACACAAAAUACAGACAUAACACCAAUGAGAGUUUUAAACAUAAAGAACAUCCCCCCACAAUGGCUCCCACCAUGAGGGAAGGCACAAAGUCCAGUCCCCAACCCCAGUUCACCCAUAGUCGGGCCUGUUGAGGCCUCCACAGUUGCCUCUAUGGAAGCCCGAUGUUCCUGGCCGUUCUCGCCGGGUGAUGUUGCUCCGGCGUCGGGAGAGUCCUCUCAGCAGCUUGGGAACCCUGGAACGGCCGCCUCCGUACUGGAGGCCGCGGCUUCCGAAGCCGACAAGGCCGCGCCGGUUGUAGCUCCAUAACCGGCGAUCUCGUCGCGAGAUCCCAGGCUCCCGGUGUACAGUUCGGCGCCGCCGCCCACAGCUGGCCGCUCCUCAGACCCGCAGCUCCACGAUGUUGUUCCCGGCGGUCUCAGCUCACCGGAGCUCCAGCGCGGCGACCCAGGCAAGGCAUCGUCCGCUCCACGAUAGCGCUCCAGCGCUGUGCCGCCGCCAAAGCCGAGGUACUGGGUGGUCCCCGACAGGAAACGCCGCUCCAGGCCCGCUGGUAGGCCGCGAGGACGGGUCGAAGCUGCAGCCCGGAGAAAAGCUGCCUCU